UGCUGCAUGAUGGGAUUCUGUUCCCCAUAUGUGUUAGCAAAUGCCAUGUCAAGUGUAUUGAGUGGUAAAGGAAAAUCUCGGUUGUUUUAGUAACCUCGGUUCCCUGAGACGAAGGGAAAGAGACAUUGCAUACGCUGGCCACACUACAAGACUCAGAGUUCUUUUGAGGUGCGAGUGAUGCGCUCCUUGUCCUUCAGUCGGAAAAUUCUGAGGAAUGGUGUUUGCGCGCCUGCUUUUAUAGCGAAUAGCUUUGCACCUGAAAGGGCGGGACUCAAACAACAUAGCCAAUAUUAGAAUAAGGCCAUUAUGGUAGAGAGGUUUCAACUAGAUCAUGUGGAAGGACACUCCCCAUAUGCAUUAGCAAACGCAAUGUCUCGUUCCCUUUGUCUCAGGGAACCGAUGUUACAUACAUAACUGAGACAUUUUGAAGCAUGAAUUAAAUGUUUUGGGUGACUACAUUUUGCAGACAUGUAAUAGAGUUGUGAUGUCCCAUAAAACAAUUGUGAAAAUUGCACUUACACUUUAGAGAAUUUUAAGACUGUUUCAAAAAACGAGCCAAAGCGAUUGAGAAAAACUGUAAUAAAAGGUAGUUUUAAGAAGUGAGAAAUUCAUUCAGUCAAGAAUUAUUUUUGUUUAAAUUCAUAAAAGUGUUAAAUUCGUUAGUGUCCCCGUUAAUUGAUGUUAUCAAAUAGCUUGGUCUUGGGCAGGCUCAUCCAAAUUCUUAAUUGAUCAGUAUAAUGACUCAGCUGUGCCCAGGUGAAUGUGUUUAAAAGGAAGCUCAGAGGCUCCAGUGCUCAGCAGUUGCUCUGAGUCCUGUAAAAGAGACGGCAUGGCUGCGAAGACUGUGCUUAUUGUGUACGCUCACCAGAGUGCCGGAUCUUUCAAUGCAGCUGCCAAAGAUGCUACUGUGGACGUGCUAAAGAAACAGGGCUGCAAAGUGCUCGUGUCUGACUUGUAUGCAAUGACAUUCAAGGCCACCGCAACUGAGAAGGAUAUUACUGGAUCUGUGAAGAAUCCUGAGCAUUUCUGUUAUGGAGAGGAGACCAUGUUGGCCUGGAAGGAGGGGCGACUAGCUUCUGAUAUUGUUGAGGAGCAUAAGAAACUCCAAGAAGCUGAACUUGUUGUUUUUCAGGUUGACCUUCUCUUAUUGGUAAUUGUUGUCUGCUGCUUGCAGUUUCCCAUGUACUGGUUCUCUGUUCCUGCCAUCAUGAAGGGCUGGCUGGAUCGUGUUCUUACACUUGGUUUUGCCUACACUUCAGAGAAACGCUACAGUCAGGGCAUCUUCAGGGAUAAGAAGGCAAUGUUGUCUUUCACCACUGGUUCUCAUGAGUCCAUGUUCAGCUCUAAUGGGAUCAAUGGAGACAUGAAUGUUACACUGUGGCCAAUUCAGAAUGGUGUCCUCUACUACUGCGGUUUCCAGGUUCUAGCACCACAGAUCUUUUGGGCACCCAUGCACCUCUCUCCUGAGGGCCGUGAGAACCUGCUGGAAAGCUGGCGUACUCGUCUUCAAGGUUUGCUGAGCGAGACUCCCCUUGCCUUCCCACCCGCAGAUAGCUUUGAUGCGGGGAACGGCUUUCAGUUGAAGCCUGACAUCAAGAAGCAGCAGGCUGAGUCUCCUUUUGGUCUCACUGUGGGUCACCACAUGGAGAAACCUCUGCCACCCCACAACCAGAUGAAGGCUGGUGUGUGAGACAUGGCCACAGGAGGGCGGCACUGGACCAUGUACUUGUUUAAAACACUAGGCUGAUUCUGUGAUUUAUACACCUGAAUAAACUUCGUUUUGCAUGGUGGCUUAUUUCUCUUUAUGAAAUCAUUUGAUUGAUGUGAGAGCAUGCUUCUAUUUAAGCAUAGACCCUGACAUCUAAAUCUUGUCAAACUAGGUAUAAACUGAUUCGGUGGCCUAUAUGGUUAUUAGGAAGAUGGCUGAAAGGCAUCAAUUUAGCAGCUCUAACAAUUAGUCCUAAUAGA